AUGGCUGCUACAACAUCAACUGGUACAAUCGGUGCUAAUAGUAGCGGUCAACAAAUAUCACGUGUUGUACAUCUUCGAAAUAUACCAUCUGAUAUGACUGAUCUAGAAUUAGUCCAUUUUUGUAUGCCUUAUGGAAAACUUGUUAAUUAUUUAUUACUUAAAGGAAGAAAUCAGGCAUUUGUGGAAUAUGAGGAUGAACGAAGUGCCCAAACUUUGGUAACUGUUAAUAUAGCAUGUCCAGUAGCUAUCCGUGAUAGGACAAUAUUUUGUCAAUUUUCAACUCAUCAAGAAUUAAAAACAAAUCAUCACCUUCGUGCUGAUAGUAAUCGUUCCAAUCUUAUCAUUGAUCACGAUGAUAAUGAG